AUGGCCGCUUUUAAACCUUACCGGUUCAUAAUAUUCGACCAGCAAAUCAAAAACAACCAGUUCUAUAAAAGUAUUAUCACUCAACUAAACUUAUCAUUAUUGUGUAAAGAAAUAUAUUUAAAUGAGGCCUUUUCUUGUUAUCAAUAUGAAAAAUUGUUUUUAAAAAAUUUGGUAUAUUAUUCUGUUAAUAAUUUAGGGAAUGGCUUUAAUGCAAGAGAAAGACAUAAAAAUGAUCCUUUAUACAAUUUGAUGAUAAAAAAUAAAAAUACAAAAAAUAAAAAAUUAAUUACACAAAGUGAUAUAAAUAAUUUAGUGAGUUUUCAUAUAUAUGAUAAUAAAAAUAAAAAUACAUUUAAAAAUAUAUUAAGUUUAAAUGAUAUAUAUAAUAUAGAUCAUAUAAAUAUUUUAUGUUUAAAUAAUUAUAAACCUAUUUUGAAUAUCUUAAAAAAUUACAGUAUAAAUAAAAGGAUAUCUAUUUAUUAUCCUUUUUAUAUAAUCAAUGACGAUAAAAAUAAUAAAUCUCAAAAUAAUUUAUAUACAAAGGUUGCAGAUUAUUGUUAUAAUAUAGUAAGCGAUAUAUUACCACUACGUUAUAAAAACAUAAACUUAUCAGAUAUAAUAAGAGCAAUAAUUAUUAACACGGAACUAUGUCACAGUGAGGGAAAUAAAAAAAUUGAGGUACUCAAAUUUGUGGAUAUCAUGGACAUUAUAGGAAGCAACUAG